GAGAGGGGGGAGGAGCGGAGAGAUGAUUCCUCUCUCUAAUCCUCUAGACACACGCUCGGUCUGGCUGCCUACUGGCUCAGAGAGAGAGAGAGAGACGGAGGCAGGUGGAGGGCGCAAACGGAGAGAGAGAGAGAGAGAGAGAAACCAAGUGGGAAGGGAAAAACAAGAUGAAGGGAAGAGAGGAAAGGAGGGCUGCCUCUCGUAAACCACGCUGACAGGAACGCGGAGAGAAAGAGGGAGGACGAGGAGGACCGAAGAGACCUCUCGCACCGUUCCAAGCAGAGGGAAGGAGACGGAGGAGAAGGAGGAGGAGGACGAUGCUUCAGUCCAGCGCUGCCUGAACCAAACCAGGAGAGGAGCAACAGAGAGGAGAGGAGAGGAAGGAAUCCAUCGAACAAUAGCUGGAAGAGAGGAGACAGAGAAAGAGGAGACAGAGGGAGGAAGAGGAUGGAGGAGCGGAGAGACAUAGAUCCUCGGUUACUCUGGACCUGAGUCCUCCCAGAGUUACUACAAGAUGCUGUCAAAGAGUGUGAGGGCGGAGUGAUGGGUGACUGUUUGCACAAACUACGGCCGCUCCUUGAAACUCAGUAGAAGUAGAUGAGCGUCAGUGUCGAGAACAUAUGACAGAGCAGCUGUUUUAGGAGGUAAACGGGGUCAGGUGCACCCAGAGGAGGGACGCAACGAGGAAAGACAGGCACAUGGACGGAGGAUUACACUCAUGGACACCGAAAGACAGACGAGCUUCAGUCCAACCAUCUCAGGUGCAGCAGUUACAAUGAACUGAGCUUCUUCAGAGUUGCUUUUGACUCCUCUUUUACACGGGACGAGCCACCUGAAGCCGCUCCCUACCUCAUCUCAGCCCAACAGGUGGAUUCGAAGACUCAUAAAAAGGGACUUUUAAAAAUCAGCUCUGGUGCUCAUAACCUCAACCAUGGGAGAAUGGACGAUCCUGGAGCGCCUCCUGGAGGCCGCUGUCCAGCAGCACUCUACUAUGAUCGGAAGGAUCCUGCUCACAGUAGUGGUGAUCUUCCGUAUCCUGAUCGUCGCCAUCGUCGGUGAGACCGUGUACGAGGACGAGCAGGCCAUGUUCGUCUGCAACACCCUGCAGCCCGGCUGCAACCAGGCCUGCUACGACAAGGCCUUCCCCAUCUCCCACAUUCGGUACUGGGUCUUCCAGAUCAUACUGGUGUGUACGCCCAGCCUCUGCUUCAUCACCUACUCGGUGCACCAGUCGGCCAAGCAGAAAGACCGGCGCUACUCCUUUCUCUAUCCCAUAAUGGAGAGGGACUACGGGGGAGGAGGCGGGGCGCGAAAACUCCGCAACAUUAAUGGGAUUCUAGUUCAACACGGCGGCGACGGCGGAGGAGGGAAGGAAGAACCCGACUGCUUGGAGGUGAAGGAGAUCCCCAACGCCCCGCGGGGCCUCACCCACUCGAAGAGCUCCAAGGUGCGCCGGCAAGAAGGGAUCUCCCGCUUUUACAUCAUUCAGGUGGUGUUCAGAAACGCGCUGGAGAUCGGCUUCUUGGCGGGCCAGUACUUCCUUUACGGCUUCAGUGUGCCUGGGAUUUUCGAGUGCGACCGCUACCCGUGUCUGAAGGAGGUGGAGUGCUACGUGUCCCGCCCCACGGAAAAAACGGUUUUCCUGGUGUUCAUGUUCGCGGUGAGCGGCAUCUGCGUGGUGCUCAACCUGGCCGAGCUCAACCACCUGGGCUGGCGCAAGAUCAAGGCCGCCAUCAGGGGCGUGCAGGCCCGCAGGAAGUCGAUCUGCGAGAUCCGGAAGAAGGACAUGGCGCAUCUGUCCCAGCCGCCCAACCUUGGACGCACGCAGUCCAGCGAAUCAGCCUACGUCUGAUGGCGAAGAGACGAAAAAGAGGAGGAGGAGGAGGAGGAGGAGGAGUGGGGUGAAUGUGCGAGAGACAGAAUUAAUUAAUUAUGAUUUUAAUUUAACGGAGGUGGCGUGGAGAUGACCCCUCCUCCGUGGUGAAUGAAACAGAAUGUAAAAACCUCCAGCGCUACGACUUUGAGAGUCAAGAAGGAGGAGGGGAAGAAGAAAAUUAGAGAAGAUAAGAGAGGACAAAAAGUUCUGUUCUGCAAAUGAACAUGAUGAACACAUUUUGGUCUCAUGGGGAGAUACUCCAACUGCCAUUUUCUACUUUUGUCUCUUUUUUUUUAAAACUAAUUACCCUCUCUUCUGCCCCUCUUUUCUUUUAAAGUGGGGAAUUAAAUCCUCAAGGGGGCCGGAGAGGGAAGGACUAGAGAUGAGGGGAACAGAUAAGAGGCUGUUUUGUAAUCUUUGGGGAUAUUGGAAGAUGACGGCGGCGUUUGAUGCAUCCCAUGGUGCUUUUCUUCUGGACUGUGUCAGCCUCAGUGAAAAAGGGAGGACUAAAUAGGGGAUGGGACGGGGAGAACAUCAUUAAAAGAGGAACGGAAGAACUGUCAAAGCCAUGUCGGACUCUAGAGAACGAAGGCGAGGGAGUUUGUGAGAGAGAGAGAGAGUAGGUGGGAAAACAUAUGAUGUACCCGAGGAGGGGAGAGUUUUUCUUUCGCUUCCUCUCCUCGCAGAGAGAGCGAGAGCUGCCUCUGAUCAGUGUCAGCCUCGCCUCUGCUGGAACAUCGUCACCGAGCCAAAACCAAGAGAAAAAGACUGACGAUGUUUAUGUUUUGUCUCUUGGCAAAAGCUGAUUUUAACACAAACACGGCGAGUACCAUAAACACUUCUCCUCUCGCUCUCUCUGCUCCGCGGUUGGCAGCUACAUAGACCCCAGCGGCUUCUGGUGACAGUAAUGACUCUCGCUGCUCCACUUCUGCGUAAACUUUGGAGAGGAACUAAUGAACAAAUGGACAAGCAGCGUGUAAACGCCGGUCUCUCCUGAAGCACAAACCAAACCUCCCUCCUUCCAGCAUUCCAGUGUGCUGAGAGACGAAGGAGAGGACAGAAAGAGAGGAGAGGAAGAUCACUUUAUUACAACUUUAAACAAAUUUUAUAAAAUAUAUCACCAUGAUUUUUUUUUUUCUUUUUCGAGAAAGCGAUGGUGCCAUCCUUGAGAUAUUUAAUUAUUGUUGAAAUAGAGUAUAUCAUGGUAAUAUUAUUUAUCCAUUUAGAGUAUAUCCAAAUAGAUUUAUUUAUCUUUGCGUGCGGGUUGGUUGGGACAUCAUUUUGUUUUUUUCAAAUGUAUAAACUGUCUGUCAUUUUUUUCAUUUUUGUUUAGUUAAAACAUUUCUCACUGAUGGGACUGAUUACCGGCAUGUACGGGGGGAAGGGACAAGCUCUGUUUUGACCGUUUUGAGGCUGUGCAGCUGAUUUUUUAUGUGCAAAUCUUCAUCGCCAUUGUUACUUUAUUGCAUUCAAAAUGUAAAACAAUGCAUCUUUACGGAGAGCCUUCUUCAAAAUCAGCUGCACAGCUUCAGGUGAUUCAUUAAUGAAGGCAUGAGAGCCAUUUUGAAAAAGGCAUGUUUACAGGACGCAAUGUUUCUUGAAUGAUCAAGCUGUGUAGCCGACGAGUAGUUAACUCCUUAUAGGGGACAAUUGUGUUUUUUGAAUCUCAGUGGUUUUUCAUUUUUGCAUUUCUUUCCUGACAGGAUUUUCAGCAUGCAUGCCUUGUAAGAGAAAAGAACGUCACGAAAGAAAAAAGAUAAAAAUGACAAGAGAGUGUUGCACCUUGAUUAACGCAGACGAGCGGGAGAGUGGCAGACUGAAGGAAGUGGGCCGCCUUGUUGGACACACACUCAGCUUUCACACUGCGAGCCUGUGAAACCAGACAUAGGGACAGUUCAGAGACAAAGAUAUUGGACUGUUUAGGUACAGGGACAUUAUUGGUUAUCAGCUAACUGAGAAAAAAAUCCACAAAAUGCAUCUUAAACUUGGUCUAAACCUGCUGUAGCAGAUCAGUGGUCUGAGCAUUGAGGAUCUUAUCUACCAAACUGAAUGGCCUUAUGUAGCUCAACACUGCAGAAGCCUAACACUGCCACGUUUGGGGGUCUGACUCUUACAGGGGCCGCCCGUGCACUAAUGCUUCUCUCUCACAGACCAAACUGCAGCUACAGUUUAUCACUUUGUUCCCCAUUCAACUUCUGCUACUAGAUUGCAGCAAAUGCAGCUGCAGUUGUUGAAAAUGUGCAGAAAACCUCCUUGUAAGAAGUUUUGUAAAUUGUAUCUACUUUCCUUCAACCUGCCUGAUCUGCUUGUGCGUCGAUUAGUGAUUUCCUACAUUUCCCACAACGCCUUUAAGGUAAAUAGAGAGGCAAAAGUCCCGCCCCUUCUGGUGGAUGUCACAUACACGACUUUUGGGUGUGUAGUCUUUGUAAUUAUGUAUUUUCACAGUCUUAUAUUAAUACGUUUUACAACUUUUUGACUUGUGAAAUUAUCUUUUAAAUUGACAAACGUCAUAUGUGUGAUUCAUGCUUCUAUUCAAACAGAAUCAAAAAGGAACGUUUGUUGCAUCAGCACCAUUCAAAACCCCUGACGUCGUCAACUACAGUAGAUACUACAAAACUACAAAAAAUUAAGCAAAUAAAAUACACCUGAUUGCAAAUGUAUAGUCAACACUUCAAGUGCAGCUUUUAACAAUUCACUAAAGAUCUACAGUAGAUGUGAAAUGUUUUUCUUUUGUAGUUUAUUUAAGAAGAAACAUACGUGUCAUCAAAUAGCAUUGCCGCUCUAGAAAUACCUUGACAUGACAUGACAAUAGGUAUCACUGUCUAAGCGCCAUAAACACACGUUAGCCGGAGCUAAAGCAGGACUUGGAGCAACAGCAACAACUGACGUGGCAGAAGAAAUCCCCCCCAACUCUCUGUUUCUCCAUUCACUCCCACUGUCAUAAUCUCUGUGAUUCUUACAGGUGAUUAUCCCCAGAUUAGACUCCUCUCUGUGGGGCUCAAUGGGAUCGCUGCCGUCUACUGUAGGAAGGACGAAUACACUGGAGGGGGCACGCUAGAAAGCCUAAUAAUAGAGGUUGAGUCAUGGCUUCCCUCAGUAGCUUGUGCUUCUAGCGAAGGCUUAAACGCUGACCUUGAGCUUAAAGGCCAAGCCGAUGUCCUGUGCUAUACGCAGCUCCUGCCGGACGGUCACCACAGCGCUCAUCUAAUCUCCGCAGAGCACAGGUCAACGCUGGUGUGAGGCUUAUUUAUGAUGAUACACACAUGCUGAACAUGUAUGUAUCUAGGAAAAACAAGCACAACGUGAGAACAGCGUUUGGCUUCUGUUGUUAUGUCUGGUUUAAUUCAGGACGCUAGAAGGCCAUAAAUGUGUCCUCCUUCUCUUCGGUUUACAUUUAUCCGCCGUUCAUUACAGUGACUCACGGCUCCGGCAGUUCUACAGUCAGCGGGUUCACAAAGUAGAAGCGGUUCUUCCAACAGUCCACUACUCUCCACGGUCUACUUUUUCUAUUAUGUCAAUGUGAAAUGAAUUAUGCAACUUGUUUUUUUUCUCAUUUGCUUUCAUCUUUUUUGACUUGUGGAUUCAUUUUGUUGUCUGUUGCUCUUUUUUGUGCAGUGACAUAUCAAAAAAAGAAAGAUGUUUGGGUUUUUUUCUAUGUAAAGGAACAAAAAAGUUUUUCAAUGUGUAAAAAUCAAGGGUAGAAUGUUGAAAUAUAAGAAUAGCAGAAAAAAAAUAUGUUAUAUUUCCUCCCUUGCCAAAGUGAUAUGCAAAAUUCAUUUUCAAAGAUUUUUUAACUGCAUGUGUAACGGCAUAGAAUAAGCAUGUUUCUACGUUUUCUUCAGCAGAAUCUUUAAAGAAAGACUUUUUUUUAGUCCAAACUAUGAAGCGAAGCUAUUACGUCUUGAUGCCAAGCGUGUAUAUUAAUUGUUCUUCAGACGGUACAGAGCCAGGCACACAAUACCAACUCAGUGAUGUUAAAACUUAGAAACCAUAGACUGUAUAUAAAGAUGGACGACGCAUCUUUACUUCCUCCCAAUGUUCAGAAAUGAAGCCAAAAUAUCUCAGAUUCGGGAGCUGCCAUCUUGAGAUUUUGACGUCAUUUGGAGCAGAGUCUACGCUGUAGUGAUCGGGCAGUGGAGCCGCAGUAUUGAGGUCACCGCAGCUUGUCAGCAACAGAGACUCACAGCUGUCAAUCAUGAAGUCUCACCCCCUUUUUAUAGCAUCAAAUAACGAAUUAAAACCGAACUUAUCAGAAAAAGUAACUCUUUAACAUACAUCAGUGUGAUAAGAACCACCUAGAAUGACAGAAACCAUCUUCGGGGAAAUUUAUUUGACUUUUUAGUUUGGCUCAUGUUCCAUCCGCUAACAUGGAGGGGGCGGGGUUUAUGACCUAUACUGCAGCCAGCCACCAGGGGGCAAUCCAGAUGUUUUGGCUUCACAUGUCGUCCAUCUUUAUUAACAAUCUAUGGCUCAACUCCCAAAAGAUUUUGAAAACCACUACAUACAGUAAAUCUUCUAAUUUAAGAAAUUUGCACAUGAAUAUAUACCUUUAUAAUCUGUUGUAAAAGAUGAUUUAUACGCCAUCAGUCAAAUGGUCUACUGUAAAACACAGGGUACACAGGAAUAUAAGCAUACAGGUUGAAUACUGGCACCGUGAGAUGUCAGAUGCCAGAACAUUCCAGGGUUUAGUCCCCAUGCAGCACAAAUGUCUAAUUAACCUUCAAUUUACAGCCUCUUUAUGUGUUAAAUAUGAUUAAAUCCUCUUGUUGGGGAAAAGUACACUGACAGCAGACUCAGGAAAGAAAACAAUGCUGAUCUUUUACACCAAUCUUUUCUAGUAAAAACGCUGUUUCUAAGAACGCUUUCAGAGAAACAUGUCAGCAUACUUUCCAUUGACCAUCCUACCUUGUACUGUAAAGCCCACCCAAGAAAAUUGUCUGAUUAUUUACCUGUUGGUGCUAUUGAGGUUUACCAAAAAAAAAGUGAAAUACAUUCCCUUGUCUUCAGCACACUACUGCCCCACAUAUCCAACACGUUCUCAUCCCAACUCGUCACAGACGCUUUUCAGACCCCUUGGCAUCACUUUUCGCUUGCAGCUUUCCCUGAGCGUUUACUGUUGCCGCGGAUGGGUUUACUUUGUAGUUAAUGGAAAACCCGGUCUCGACGUCGACGGCCGUGACAAAGCGUCGGUAUUUGACGCUCUGGGAAUGAGAAUGGACUGGCAUAUCACAAGUCAUGUAGCAUUGCAGGUCUCCUUGAAAAAUCUACUCUUGACUGUUACUAACAAACGGGCAUGAAGCCUUCAGCAGGUAAUGAUAUCAUUCUCAUGAAAAUCUCCACAAACAGUAGCAAACAAUUUGACUCCUCAGGAAUGCAGCGUGUAAUUGAGCUGCUUCAUUCAUUAAAACUGCCACGUUACUCUUUAUACUGCCAAAAGGACGUUAGAUCAACUUAGUAAUCACAUUAUGGAGCCAAUCCUAUAAGGGCUGCAUGGUGGCUCUUGAGCAAGAUUUGGAAGCACCUUUCAUUUACAUUGAAGGGCUUCUUCCUUAUUACAAACUAAAAGCCAUAAUUAAAAAAAAAAAAAAAAGAUUUCAAACUUGAAAGAGUACCAAUGUGCACUCAUGGGCCAA